CUACGCUUCAAUCCUCUCUCUUGUGCUUUUUCGCCUCCCCCCUAUCCCGUCCCAUCUCUCUGCGAUUCCAAGAUGGGCAAGUUAACCAGUACAAUCGGAAUCCCCAUCAAGCUCCUCAAUGAAGCCCAGGGCCAUGUCGUGACUCUAGAAAUCACAUCGGGGGUAGUAUAUCGAGGGAAGCUGCUUGAGGCCGAGGACAGCAUGAAUGUUCAGCUCAAGGAUAUCACCGUCACCGCUCGCGAUGGUCGCGUGUCGCAUCUCGAUCAAGUCUAUAUUCGGGGGAGCCAUGUGAGAUUUUUCAUCGUGCCGGAUAUGCUGAGGAACGCUCCUAUGUUCCGCACAAGAGGCCAGCGUGGACGCGGUGUAGGUUUGGCUCGUGGAAAAGCAACGGUCCAGAGGGCUCGGGGGCAGAGAAGGGGAUGAAUAUGAUCUGUAUGGUCCUGGAUGGUUGGCGUUUUUCUUUUUUAUUUUUCUUUUUCGUGUUCUCUUUACGGUUGAAAUAAAAAUCACUUCAGAUGGGUCUGAUUCGGAGGAUUCUUUUUAUUUGCCUAUCGUCUGUCGAAUACCCUGCAACCAUCGCCAGUUUCCUAGUUAUGUCUCUUUUCUCUACUGCUUGCGUCUCUGGGUUGGAGGGAGGAAUUGUUCGAGAUCGAGUCUUAUGGUGGACAUCAAACAUGAUGCGUGUUACAACGUUCUACUUGAAUCUGGCCCAAUGGGAUAUUCCAGGUUGAACGUUCAGAUUCAUGGCGGUUAUGAAACUGGAGACAGAUAAGAAAUGCCAAAUAAGACGGA